CAGUCACUUCCUUUGGCCUUUGUACAGAAUGUCAUUCCAAUGAGCACUUGAUGGGAGGGAAGGCACCAAUGCUGUGCCACGCUUUGCUUGUCCUUCUAUUACGACAUGGCUUUGCACUGACCGACGAGGAAAAGUCCGACUUGGUGCUGCAACAGUCCAUCGAAGCUGCUUCCAUCGUCAGAGUCGUUGGGGAUUUCAACAACAAUGCGACGUGCAAGUGGCCAGAUUGCGCUCCGGUCUGCGAGGCAUGCGACACGAAGGCCAUGGGCUCCUGCAUGGUGCCGGGAGUCAACGAGUGCCCGUGGAACGCCAAGUGUACCUUGGGCACUUGCUUUUGCAGCAAAGGCUACUGCGGGCAAGGGUCCAUGUGCAAGUUCCGGACCUGUGCCCUGGGUGGGCAGCCUGAGCCCUAUGUGGCCGGCAACCUGGUCCAUCAAUUUGCCAGCUUGGGAGGUGAGCUGCCUCCCUUCAAUGCCCAAGAGGACGAUUGGAUGGGCUAUGUGGAUGACUGCAAGAAGAUUCCUUUGAUCGUCCUGGCCUUUGGCGUCGUCUUAGCCAUCAUGACCUGUACCUGCAUUCUCUGCCAGCUAGAGUGCCUGGCGGAGCCUGGCCGACAUCCCUUCGGCCGAGCACCUUUGCCAGCCCAGGAGUUCAGUUGGAUCCCUACAUCGCCAGUGGUGCUUUUGGUGCUGUGUGCAGCAACAGUCGCCGUGAUUGCAUUUGGCGUUACCAGUCGUGGGAUUGUGGUCACCGAGAACAUGAACAUGAUGGAAUACCAAUUCCGCCGGGUAGAUGAACAGAUUGAUUCUGCGGUGGGCUUGGCGAUAGAACUUGAAGACAUGGAAGAAACAUUUGAGGCCAUCGUGAAUGAUUUGCCUCAAUCCUGCAGCUCCAUGGUGCCUGGUGCCAAAGAGGCCAUGGCCAUGGCGUCAGACAAGGCUCAAGAGAAGCUGCUGGAAAUGAAGCAGAAGGUCAUGGCCUUCUUGAAGGUGGCGAACACAGCCAAAUCGAUGAUGACUCGGCUUCUCCAAAGCUUUGAUCUUUUGAAGGCUUUGAUCGUUGUGGUGCCAAUGGUUCCUCUCAUACUCAUGGGCCUAUGGAUACUGACCAUUGGCAUUGCUACAGUGAUCUCCUGGCAAAGCAGCAACCCUCAUGUUGCAGAGCGUGCGGACGAUCUGGUCAUCAGGUUCGGUGCUGGCGGUGCCUGCUGUGCCAUGCUGGUGGCUAGCUUUGUUUCCGCGGCAUACCUCUUCGCUGGCAUCGUCACUGGCGGCCUUUGCAUGCACCUAGACACCAAUGUCAUCAGCUUGGUGACAGUGGUGAACUUCACCGAUGUGUCACAGUUCAAGUUCGACAUAGACCCAAUCCUGGAAGGCGCAGCAAAGUACUACGUCCUGGGCAGCCAGGAGAAUCCGAUGAUCUCCAUGAUCGAAGACGUGGAGCGGGACGCUGUGGCGCUCUACGGGGUCUAUGAGAAUGCCACUUGGGCAACGACGCCCGCGGAGAUGGUGUGCUCUGGCAUCAAGAAAUUGAAUGCCUCUGACGCUUUGACUGCCUGCUCCAAGUCCGUGCAAUUUGCACGUGAGCUUAUGUCUGCGAAAAACAUGUACCCCUACUACCAAACCUUCGCCCAUGAGCUGAUGUGCGACAAGAUGCUCCAUGGCAUGAAGCUGCUGAUCCUGUACACCAUCAUCGUGAGCAUGAUCUUGAUGCCUCUGGUGGCGCUUUGCGCCGACGUUGACUUGAGGAAGUGGGAGCGGUAUAAGAUGGACAAUUAUGAGGACCACUAUGACAUGUCGUAUGAGGCGCAGGAAGCGAGCCCCUUCCUGAAGAAUUCUCUGAACAUGAUGCAGGGCAUGCAGCAUGCAAUGCCCGGCAUGCAACAUGCGGGGAUGCAAUCCUCCCCAUCCCAAAUGAUGCAGGGGAUGCAAGCAGCAGCCCAGUCUCGGCAAAUGCAACUCUACAGCUAUUCCGGCAACGGUAACUGAUGUUUCUAACGUCAACUGGUGAUCCGUGUUGUUGAAGUGGGCCGGUGUGUGG